ACUGAGCUGCAGGAGAGUGGCAGAGAGCUGAGGGGUCUGUGUCUCAGGCUGUUGCCUUUUUGGGGGGGAACGACUCGAUCCGUUUGCUGCGUGUGGGUUUAUUUUCAUUCUUUUAAGAUCUAUAUAUAUAUAUAAAAAAGUCCACUUUCGCAGCAGUGAUGUCGGUGUCCGCGAGCUCCAAACUCAGCAAAACGUUGCGGGAACAGUACUUCAAACUUCCUCAGGGAAACGCGGUGCAAGUGACCUACGUGUGGAUCGAUGGCAGUGGAGAAGGAUUGCGGUGUAAGACCAAAACCCUGUAUUCUGAACCCAAGACAGUACAAGAUAUCCCGGAGUGGAAUUUCGAUGGUUCCAGCACUGACCAGGCGGAGGGGUCCAACAGCGACAUGUACCUGGUCCCGGUCAGUAUGUUCAGGGACCCCUUCUGUCGGGAUCCCAACAAACUGGUGCUGUGUGAAGUGCUCAAGUACAACCGCAAACCUGCAGAAACUAAUCUGAGGCACACGUGUAACCAGGCGAUGGACCAGGCGAGGCAGUCCCGGCCCUGGUUCGGAUUGGAACAGGAAUAUACUUUGUUUGGAAUCGAUAAACGUCCCUAUGGAUGGCCUCAGAACGGAUUUCCGGGACCGCAAGGACCCUAUUAUUGUGGUGUUGGAGCAGACAGAGUAUAUGGUAGAGAUAUAGUGGAAUCUCACUACAGAGCCUGCAUGUACGCUGAUGUGAAGAUAUCGGGCACCAAUGCUGAGGUCAUGCCAUCUCAGUGGGAAUUCCAAAUAGGGCCAUGUGAAGGAAUCGAGAUGGGUGAUCACUUGUGGAUUGCCAGAUACAUCCUUCACCGUGUUUGUGAAGACUUUGGUGUUAUGGCCACGUUUGAUCCAAAGCCGAUAACUGGAAACUGGAAUGGAGCUGGGUGCCAUGCCAACUUCAGCACAGAGGAAAUGAGGAAAGAAGGAGGGCUCAAGUACAUUGAAGAAGCAAUUGAAAAGCUGAGUAAGAGGCAUGCCUACCACAUCUGUGUGUAUGAUCCGAAUGAAGGAAAGGAUAAUUCUAGAAGGCUGACUGGAUUGCACGAAACCUCAAGUAUCCACGAUUUCUCGGCCGGCGUAGCAAACCGUGGGGCCAGUAUCAGGAUCCCACGUCAAGUUGGCCAGGAUCGUUGUGGAUACUUCGAGGACAGAAGACCAUCUGCAAACUGUGACCCUUAUGCUGUCACAGAAGCUCUCGUCAGGACCUGCAUCCUAAAUGAAACUGGGAAUGGGCAAAAAGUUGCUAUAAAAUAAAACUUCAGAGAAGAAUGGGACUUAAAACUAAAGGACUCCAUAGGAUUUUUUUAAAAGGUUGAGAAUAGAAACUUUCUCAUUUGGUCAAAAAUCACUAUUAGACAUGAGCUGUUUUUUUCCCGAGGUGCUUACUGCAUACUUGUAUGGUGAUGUGUAUUUAAUACUUAUUCUGGGUUGGAGACUUUUUGAUACACUGCUUUUUGUAUUCUUACAUUACCUUAAAUGGUAAUAUUUUAUUCUCAAUUUGGGUUGUGUACCAAUUGUGUGAGUUUAAAAGGGGUAAGUUUUCUGGGGUUUUGGGAUCUGCUACUCAUUUAAACACAACAAUUUUAAGUGUUUUAUAAACCAUAGUAGAAUAUUUCUUUUUGAAUGUACACUAAAGUUUCUUCUAGAAUGAAAACUCUAAAGUCUGGUUCUACUCUGAGCUUUACAAACCUCCUCAAAGACUAAUGGAGAAAGGAUACAUGAUUGUAACUUGGACUUUCUGAGUAGCUAACAUAACAGUGGAUGGCAUUUAAUGUUCAGUCUAAUGCUGCUAAUGGAUGGAAUAAACAUAUUGGAU